AUGGCGACCAGCACAUCCUCGCUGCCGUACAUUUUCUUCAUAUGGGGCGUCGAGGUCGCUGUUGUGUACGACGACCAUGACUUCCGGUGCAACUGUUACGGAAAAGCCAUCAACCUGGCGAUCGAAUCCAGCAUAUCCGAUAAUUCCCCAGCAGCCGGGUAUCCGAGCUCGAAGUCAACGCCGAUCCCCGAAACGGCGUACCAGAUCUGCUCGCGCGUGAUGAACAAGGGCGUCGCGAACGACUUGAAGGCGACGACGGGCUGCGGCGCGAAGCCGUCGACCAAGGGCCCCGCCAUCAUCUUCGACGUCGCCAACGCGAUGUCGAAGCCCCAGAGCCCCGUGUGCUACUUCUGGGGCAUGUUCGAGUCGUGUACGGGAGAGCACACCGGGCUGGCCAACAAGAGUUCCCCCAUUUUUGAGGACUUUGUCAUGACUGCCCUAUGA